AUGAUUUAAUCAAAAAUGAUAGAAAAUGAGGAAGAUCUUUGUUGUUCUUUGAAACAUAAGCUUCCAGUCUUAAUGAUUGCUUGCGAUAAAGAGCUCAAGAAGAAUUAAAGACUUUUGUGCCCUAUUUGUAUGGAAAAUUUAGAAUCAAAAACCCCAUUAAUGAGCCUUAAAAAGGCAUUGGAAAAAAUUGAAGAAAAUUAAAAGUAAAAGAAAGAAUCUAUUGAAAAUGUGUUAAUGAUUAACAUCAAAUAACUUGAAUAACUCUAAAAAGCCCUUCAUUAAUUAAAAUCUAAUGUUGUUCAAUAAUUGGAUUAUUUAAUUGGAAAUUCAAAUGAAUGGAUCAAACAAAUAUAGAUUUGGGGACAAUCAAAUGUUACUUACAGUUUCUUUGAUGAAUUAGAAAUACUAAUUAAUCAAACAAAUCUUGAUUAUUUCGAUUAAUAAACUAU